CGGCGCCAAUUUACGGAUUACAUGCAACUCCGUGCGCGUAUGAUGCGGGAACCAUGCAAAAUGUCAAUAUGGACAAGGAUGCUGUCGAAGAAGCGACGGAAAAUCCGACGAUUUUAGACUGCGUACCGACGGAUCAGUUCGGUCUGAGAACAUUCACAAAUGAGCAAGGCAAACAGGAGUAUCAAGUGGUCAAAUUUGACGCCACUGGGGACUCUGGGCUGGUCGUGACAAAUGUUCCCGUGACGUUACCUGAAAAUGUCUCGGUGCAUGUUGAUCAUGCAGGAAGAUUAACUCUUCAAAUCAGUGGCUCCAUUGACGGUCUAACUGGUGAUUUGGGUGGCAGUGGAGAUGCAGUCCCAAUCACCACAGGACAGGUGGCUGAGACCCCAGCCAGCUUUGGCAAGAAGCUUCCCCCGAUGUUGUUACAAUCGCCCGAGGCACUGCCAAGCGUCCGGACUGUGGACGGCGUCUUGCAGAUGGGAAGAGUCUCGAGCAUCAUGGGUAACGUGACGGACUGCCUGCGAAUGAUGCCAGAAGCUGAUCCCCUGGAUUGUAUGGAUACGGUGGUACAGACGACCGCCACACUGACGUCGACCCCUACCAGUAGCAGCUUCACCGAUGUCAUUGCGACAAUGCAGGACUCCAUUCCCAAUCCGAACGGAGCAUGUGCCAUGCCUGUAAAUGUUCAGGAUACGGGGGAUGUGGACACGACAUCAGAAGCGACAGGAAGGGUUGAGGACUCCAUCGUCACAUCCAACUCUCUGAUUGAUUCCUCAGAAACAAUGCGGCCGGUGUCCAUCACCGAAGUUAUGGGUAGUAUAACGAGAACCUCAGAGUCGCAAGUCACAGGUACCCUCACCGGCUCAGUUCCUGUUGAUAAUCUGUCCUCAUGUUCCUUGCCUUCCCUGGUCAGCAUUGGUGUGCCAAAUGUGGAACUCACCACAACAGGUCAAUUAGUAAUCAGUCCAGGUCCGAUGGUCUACGCUGAUCAAUCCAACAGUCUUCUGACAAUGCCAGCCUCCGUUCCUGAGAUGACUAGCCCUCUCAAGGAGAACACCAUUACGCCAAAUGUGCUUGUGGAGAACCCACCUGUUGUCAAGCCCAAGGUCAAAAGGAAAGGUGGCUGGCCCAAGGGGAAGAAGCGUAAAAAACAACUGGUACCCAAUGUCCCUAAAGCACCAACCACAGCCUAUUCUGUUUUCCUCAAUGAGCAGCUGAAACUGAUGAAGGAGAAGCACUCUAAGAAGCAAUUUCCUGAGAUCAUCAAGAUUCUGGGCCAUACCUGGACUAAAUUACCUGAAGAAAAGAAGAAGAAAUACAUGAAUGCAGCAGCGCUAGACAAGAAACGCUACAUUGAUGAACUUCGUGACUUCCAACACAGCGAGACCUACCAGAUGCUACUCAGACGACAGGUGGCCAAAAAGAUCAAAGACUUGACGGGUGUUGAGGGUGCAACCAUUGAUCCUGACGUCAGCGCUUCGGUUCUCAAUGAAUUACAAUUAGAGGAGGACGACCCGAAUGACCUGCUGUGUAAGAUAUGUGACCAGUGUUUCAGCUCGGUGCAUAACAAGAGAGAACACAUGUAUGGCAAGCAGCAUCUACUGACACUGACUGGCAAGCUGUGUGAGAUUGAGAAGGAAGUUCUGGAGAUGCAAGACAGCAACCAGUCUAUACUAGACCCCCCACCCCAACCGAUGGUAACGGAGCAAUCCUUACAGCAACAUACAGAGGAGAGUCAACACACGGACCAGGCAGGAGGGACCAGCAGCAUGCCGGAUACCAGCCAUCAACAACAACAACCCCCCACUGUGCCAGUCAGGAUCGACAUUGAGCAGUUCAAGGAAGGCUUUAUGGAACUCAACCUUGAUCGAGAGAUUGAACUGCGGGAGUUGCGGUGUCGUGACCAGGAACUGUUUGAACUCAACAUGCAGCUCAGUGGCCAGUGCCAACAACUGCAGGAUGCAGUUACCAAGGCAACACUGGAACUCAACGAGCUGAAGCGAGUGGACACAACUCUCAGGGCCAAGCUAGAAAGCCUGCGCAUGGUUCCUACACUCUUCGGUGUCAUCAACUUUUGACAAAGGCAUUUCUGUUGGCAUAUUAAGUAAAUCUUAGAAUUUUGUGAAAUAGCAUUUAUAAAACUGUAUUAAACAGAUGCUUAUAUUUAAAAAUACACUUUAUUUCACAUUUCUGUCCCUUGAAUUAAGUUAUUGACAGAUUGGGAGACUGUUAUUUUUAUUUGUUGGGUAGGCUGCUUGGAUCACUCUUGGAGGAAGAAUACAUUAAGGAGUGCAUAAGAAUUAUAAAUUCAUAGAUGUCAGAUGUAACAUGGACAGGAAAAAGUGUACCCCAAUUUUAUUGAAUGCCCCAUGUCUAUGCUGACAGUACAUUCCCUAAAUGUAACGAGUUACGUGACGUACGUGCCGGCUGGAUUUUCUGACCUUUUUGCUACAAUGAAACUGCUGUCGUCAGCCUGGAUAAUUCCACUUCGGAGAAGAGCUGCUUAGAUUGCGGCGGAUCAAAUUUAGUGUUCUGUGAAGGAUUUGUACAUUACCGCCUGGAUGAACUAUUAUGAGACAUGCAUCGCCACAUUACUGUCUUCUGUCAUGGUUUUAUACUGUUAAAUCUAUGUAGUGCAGUGAUGCAUAAUGUGGAGGAAUCAAUGAACCAUGGCACUAACAAAUACAAGUGAGAUGUGGUGAUGCUACUACUGUUUGGAGUCUUUCCCAAGAUGGUUUGUAAGGACUGAAUUUGUUGAAAGUUUUAACAACCACAUGAACCCCCCCCCCCUUCGCACAUGGCAUAGUUGUGUAUACACUUUCAAUUAUGGACAUUCCACCGCCCUUUUUCGUUUAUACCUUAACUUUUGGAAGGCACCCAAGGUUGACAUACACACAUUAAGCAUUGUUUUAGCAAAAUGGCCAGUUCUAGUGUGUUUAUUAAAACAAACAUCAUUUGUGAUACCAUUUGAAGCUGCAUGGUACUUUUUUUCGACAGUGACAACAAACCAGUAGGACUAAUUCCACAGUGUGUUUUGUAGUUUCCCUUCAAGAAAUGUGUUUCUCAGUUAUUUGAUACUACUGGUACUAACUGCAACACUUGUUCGUUGUCGCUCAUAAGGAUUCCUACUACAUUUAUCUCACCACUCCUCAAUGUCACUUUGAUAACUUUUAAUUACCGCGCGAUUUUUCACGAGGUGUGCUUUUUUUUUUUUUUUAAUGAAACAAACAAGUAAGGGAUUUAGGGAUUGAAAUCAACUUCUUUUUCUUGCCUUUGAUUCUUGAUUCGUUAAACGAGGGAUGCAGAACAGAUUUAGUGUUUAGGGUAUUUAUUAUUUUUUUCCAAUUUCAAAAAUAUUUCGUUUGUAUCAUUGUAUAUAUUUGUGGCUAAAAGCCUGACCGUAAUACCUGUACAGUGUAAAUACAAAUAAAAUGUUAUUUGUUCAAACAAAAAAGGGUAAUUAAAAUUGCUAUCUUAAACCCAAAGCUAUUAAUAAAUAAAAAGACAAAUUAAAAAGAG